CUGCCUGGUCAUUUCUCCACAACACAAAUAUUACAGUGGCGACGAGGUGAUUAAACUUCUUUAACGGACAUUGCUUGAAGGGAAGAAUGUUGCAGGAUGACAUGGGCCUAAAUGAAGAUGAUGUUCUGGGAGAAGAGCCAGAGGGCCUCACGAAAGAGGAUGCCAUCACUGAGGAUAAUGACAAGAAACCCAUAGUGUCUGAGGAGACGGCUGAAAAGAAAGUGGUAAAAAUCACACCCCCAGCGUCUGUGGAUGAGAGGGUACAGAAAAGAGCAGAACGCUUCAAUGUCCCUGCGUCAGCUGAUGACAAGAAGGCCAUACAUGCUGCCCGGUUUGGUUUGCCCCCUGCUGCACCUCCAACUUCCACCCCAGGUGUUACUGUGAAUAAAUCCACUGCGGUCAGCGUUGAACAGCUAAAAAAAGUGAGCAGAGCGAUUUGGCGGGAACGUUUCUUCAGUUUCCAAGAAGCUCCAGCAACACUGUUCCUGGCUGCAAAGGUUGAGGAACAGCCCCGCAAGUUGGAGCAUGUUAUCAAGGUGACCCAUGCAUGCCUCAACCCUCAGGACCCUUCACCAGACGUCCGCAGUGAUGUUGUGCCUCACCAGCUCGUUUUCUCCCGUUGUGCUGUUUACAAACACACAUGACUGGCUCAACUGUUCUGGGGAACUACGAACCACUAAUGAACAGGAUAAGGAUCCACGUGUUGCCGUCAAGCUGGGGCCGUUUGUCCCAGACUGCCAGUACCCAAGAGCCCAAGGCCUGUUCCUUCACCCAGCGGCCCUGCUCCCAGCCCCGCCUGGUGGGAAUUCUGCAUCAAACACGUCCUGGAGGACAAGAACGCCCCCUACAGACAGUGUAGUUAUGUGUCUAACAAGAAUGGCAAGCGCUUCCCGAAUGCAGCCCAAGGUUGAAAAUAAAGAAUGGGUGACCUUCUGCGUGGAGCACUUUAGGUGGAAUGCCAUGGCUCUCCAGGCCCAGUUGAGGAAGGCCUCAUCUGGUCCCUCUCCUGAGGCCUUCCUAUCUCUGCUCAGUGGAUACAACUGCACUGAGACCCAUGAGCAGGACAGUGGCCGCAGUGAAGCCAGCCUCAUCCUAGGUGUGAAAUGUUUCUGCACCAUCUUUUUUCUUUCUACACAUAUGCUUUGGCAACAUAUUUUAACCUCCUAUUUUAUUUAUCAGAGACCAUGCACAACAAAAUGUGUUGCACCAUAUUUAACAGCUCAUUUUUUACUCUCCGGUGUCCUGAUAGCUGUUCUUUUUUAUAAUAGUUGCUAUUCCAGGUAAAGGGAGCAUUUACUAUUAAGUGCAUGGUCCCAUUCCUGUACAUUCCUCCACUGCAUUGAGCCAAAUUACAGUCCAGGGGAGCUGAUGAGGAUUGUCUGUCCAGCUGUCCUCAUCUACAGAGUGAGGGUGAGCAGGGACCACUCGCUCUUGACCAGACCUGUAGUGGAGACCCAGACAGUGAAGCUGACAGCAUUGACCACAAGGACCCUCUUAAGUAAGACAGCAAAUAUUCGGAUACUGUGUUCUCUACCACAUUACAUACAGUUGAAGUCGGAAGUUUACAUACACCUUAGCCAAAUACGUUAAACUCAGUUUUUCACAAUUCCUGACAUUUAAUCGUAGUAAAAAUUCCCUUAAUUAGGUCAGUUAGGAUCACCACUUUAUUUUAAGAAUGUGAUGUCAGAAUGAUAGUAGAGAGAAUGAUUUAUUUCAGCUCUUAUUUCUUUCAUCACAUUCCCAGCAGGUCAGAAGUUUACAUGCUACCAAAUACUAAUUGAGUGUAUUGCCUUUUAAAUUGUUUAACUUGGGUCAAACGUUUCGGGUAGCCUUCCACAAGCUUCCCACAAUAAGUUGGGUGAAUUUUGGGCCCAUUUAUCCUGACAGAGCUGGUAUAACUGAGUCAGGUUUGUAUGCCUCCGUGCUUGCACACUCCUUUUCAGUUCUGCCCACAAAGUUUAUUUUUAUAGGAUUGAGGUCAGGGCUUUGUGAUGGCCAGUCAAAUACCUUGACUUUGUUGUCCUUAAGCCAUUUUGCCACAACUUUGGAAGUAUACUUGGGGUCAUUGUCCAUUUGGAAGAGCCAUUUGCGACCAAGCUUUAACUUCCUGACUGAUGUCUUGAGAUGUUACUUCAAUAUAUCCACAUAAUUUUCCAGCCUCAAGAUGCCAUCUAUUUUGUGAAGUGCACCAGUCCCUCUUGCAGCAAAGCACCCCCACAACAUGACGCUGCCACCCCCAUGCUUCACGGUUGGGAUGAUGUUCUUCGGCUUGCAAGCGACCCCCUUUUUCCUCCAAACAUAACGAUGGUCAUUAUGGCCAAACAGUUCUAUUUCUGUUUCAUCAGACCAGAGGACAUUUCUCCAAAAAGUAUGAUUUUACUUUUUUAAAAUUAUUACUUUCUUAGCUACAGUACACUUUCUUAGCUACAGACCUCAACCAUUUUAUAACAAGCAUUUCCAGAGAUACAACCUCUCUUAUCAUCACUCAGUGCCUGGGCUUACCUCCACUGUACCCGCACCCCACCAUACCCCUGUCUGCACGUUUUGCCCUGAAUCUAUUCUACCACGCCCAGAAAUCUGCUCCUUUUAUUCUUUGUCCCCAACGCUCUAGGCGACCAGUUUUGAUAGCCUUUAACCGUACCCUCAUCCUACUCCUCCUCUGUUCCUCGGGUGAUGUGGAGGUAAACCCAGGCCCUGCGGGUCCCCAGGCACCCUCAUUUGUUGACUUCUGUGAUCGAAAAAGCCUUGGUUUCAUGCAUGUUAACAUCAGAAGCCUCCUCCCUAAGUUUAUUUUACUCUCUGCCAACCCUGAUGUCCUUGCCGUGUCUGAAUCCUGGCUUAGGAAGGCCACCAAAUAUUCUGAGAUUUCCAUACCCAACUACAACAUUUUCUGUCAAGAUAGAACUGCCAAAGGGGGAGGAGUUGCAAUCUACUGCAGAGAUAGCCUGCAAAGUUCUGUCAUACUUUCCAGGUCUAUAUCCAAACAGUUUGAACUUCUAAUUUUAAAAAUGUAUCUCUCCAGAAAUAAGUCUCUCACUGUUGCCGCCUGCUAUUGAACUCCCUCUGCGCCCAGCUGUGCCCUGGACACCAUUUGUGAAUUGAUCUCCCCCCCAUCUAGCUUCAGAGUUCGUUCUGUUAGGUGACCUAAACUGGGAUAUGCUUAACACCUCGGCAGUCCUACAAUCUAAGCUAGAUGCCCUCAAUCUCACACAAAUCAUCAAGGAACCCACCAGGUACAACCCUAAUUCCGUAAACAUGGGCACCCUCAUAGACAUUAUCCUGACCAACUUGCCCUCCAAAUACACCUCCGCUGUUUUCAAUCAGGGUCUCAACGAUCACUGCCUCAUUGCCUGUAUCCGCUAUGGGUACGCGGUCAAACGACCAGCCCUCAUCACUGUCAAACGCUCCCUAAAACACUUCUGCGAGCAGGCCUUUCUAAUCGACCUGGCCCGGGUAUCCUGGAAGGAUAUUGACCUCAUCCCGUCAGUUGAGGAUGCCUGGUCAUUCUUUAAAAGUCAUUUCCUCACCAUCUUAGAUAAGCAUGCCCCGUUCAAAAAAUGCAGAACUAAGAACAGAUAUAGCCCUUGGUUCACUCCAGACCUUACUGCCCUUGACCAGCACAAAAACAUCCUGUGGCGGAUUGCAAUAGCAUUGAAUAGUCCCCGCGAUAUGCAACUGUUCAGGGAAGUCAGGAACCAAUACACGCAGUCUGUCAGGAAAGUAAAGACUAGCUUUUUCAAGCAGAAAUGUGCAUCCUGUAGCUCUAACUCCAAAAGGUUUUGGGACACUGUAAGGUCCAUGGAGAACAAGAGGACCUCCUCCCAGCUGCCCACUGCAUGGAGGCUAGGUAACACGGUCACCACUUAUAAAUCCAUAAUAAUCAAAAUUUCAAUUAGCAUUUCUCAACGGCUGGCCAACAGCUCCCCCCCGCGCAGCUACUCGCCCAAGCCUCCCCAGCUUCUCCUUCACCCAAAUCUAGAUAGCAAAUGUUCUGAAAGAGCUGCAAAACCUGGACCCGUACAAAUCAGCUGGGCUAGACAAUCUGGACCCUCUCUUUCUAAAACUAUCCGCCGCCAUUGUUGCAACCCCUAUUACCAGCCUGUUCAACCUCUCUUUCACAUCGCCCAAGAUCCCUAAAGAUAGGAAAGCUGCCGCGGUCAUCCCCCUCUUCAAAUGGGGUGAUACCCUAGACCCAAACUGUUACAGACCUAUAUCCAUCCUGCCCUGCCUAUCUAAAGUGUUAGAAAGCCAAGUUAAUAAACAGAUCACUGACCAUUUAGAAUCCCACCGUACCUUCUCCGCUGUGCAAUCCGGUUUCCGAGCCGGUCACGGGUGCACCUCAGCCACGCUCAAGGUACUGAACGAUAUCAUAACCGCCAUCGAUAAAAGACAGUACUGUGCAGCCGUCUUCAUCGACCUUUUAACGCAGAGGCUGCAGGCCUCGUGUACUCGGAACAGGAGGUUACAUUUUCGUCAAGGGCUUAUAGAGUGGAGGGAGAGAAGGGUGUGUUUCAUAGUUUAUAACCCAUGUCUCUUCACAGGGGCGGGCCACUGAUUGAGCAGAGCUCUAACCUAAUAAAAACCCAAUUUUCCAAUUUGGAAGCUAAAAUUACAUUUAAUCUUUUCACAAAUAGUUUCAUAUUCAAACAUUUAAAUUGCACAACAAUUCCUUGUGAAUCUGAUAACUAGAAUGUGUAGACUUUCCCAGAUACAGUUUGUCGUCCUGUCAUCAGUCAUAAUUUCUCAGAUGACAACCGAACUGACAUCAUAUUUAACUGGUUCUAUUGCUGAAAUAUGGUUCCUUCCCCCCACUUGUUUGAUGUUCCCAGACUCUCUAUGUUUAACAAAGGCUAUUCAAGAGUCCUUCAGUAGAGUCAGAGAGAGAGAGAAGAGAGGGAAGGGAGAAAGGUAUUUAUGGGGGGGUUCAUAAACCUUACCCACAGGCCAACGUCAUGACAGGAGUUUGCCUCACCAAGAUUUACAUGCUAAAGUCACCACUAAAUAUCUACUAUGGUGUGUACAGUAGAUGUACUUCUUAUAGGAUACUGUAAGAAGUCUAGUGAAACUGCUGGAGUGUUGAGAAUGUUACUAGCUUUUAUUAAAAUUGGGUAAUUACCAGUGAUGUAUAUAAACCCUGGAUUGGUUUUUGCUAUGUAUUGGCUAUUGAGAGGCGUUGAAAACACCGGUCGGCCAUAUUGGUACUACCCGGGUAAAAGCAUUCCUCCAUAGGAAUGAAUGGAAUUCUACAAUAUUUCAAUUAAAUGACAUGAAUUUAAUUAUUCUGUAGUGGGGACAUAGAUUUCAAUAUUCUCUAAAAAAAUUAUACUUCAGGGAAAAAAUGGUUUUCUAUGUUUAGCUCACAUAAUAUAAUUUAAAAGUAUUUAUUAAGGUGUCUGUAAUAUGAUAAACGUGUCACAAACAAAUGUAGUCAUUAAUAAAUGAAUUUCUAUUGCUUCCAAAAUAUUUUUUACAAUAUAAUAAAAUGCCUUAUUAGUCAUCUAGUAUAGCCUAUAUAUAAAUCAUUGGUGAUUACAGACUCACGUGUGAAAACUCGUGCUAAUAAGUGAAUAGCCAUCUUAAAAUACAACCUGACCCAUUGCAUCUAGGCCAAUCUGGACUCAAUAUGUCCCAAAGUAGUCCUAAUGAUUCUGGGAUUUACCCUCAAAUAGUUGCAGCUCUAUUCUAAUGAGGCUAUUCAGUAUUAAAAUAUUCUGACAAUCCGAGCAAUAAUGAUCAAAUCUUGCCAGAAUAAACAGUGAAUAAAAUACCACAACACUCUUGAUGCAUAAAUUCAACAAUCUGAGGAAUAAUAACUGGAAUACAGAGGAAGUUGUACUGAUUGGUGAAGCGUUUCUGUGUCAACAGAACAAUAGGUCAUACAAUGCUGUUAAGAGAGACUACUUACAAGCAGGAAAAAUGGCAGGAAUGUAAAGUUAAUAAAGAUUACUGGGGCGCUUGUGACUUCUAAAUUCACGCAGCUUUGUCCUCCUCCCUUUAGAACCAUAAAAGUCAGUGUAAAAAAAAAAGGUGUAUUAAUAUUUUAUGGUCAAAUUGUGAGACUGUUUAAACAAUGUCACCAUUCAGAGCAAAGAUAUAUAAUUACUCUCUCCUAAUUUUCUAUUUAAUAUUCCUAACUUAACACUUACAUCUAAGAAAAACUACACAUUGUAAAAAAAUGCUUUUGUCUUUUUUAGAAAAUAAAUGCAUUUAAU